AUGUCUGGGGACAGCGGGUCUGGAAAAACUCAAAUAGAUUUGCCUGCAAAACUCCCAGAAAAACCUUCCCGUUUGAAAACAGGAAAGAAUGUUAAUAAAUCCAAUGUAGAUUGCUCGUCAUCAUCGACAUCUGGCACUCAGUUUUUCAGAAAAAAAAGACAUAAUGAUACAUUUGAGAAAAUAACUACAGAUGAAUACUUUGGAAAGUCGGAAUCUAUAUCUGGGUCGUCUUUAACCUUCCAUUGUGUCCAUGGACCUGAAGGUAAACUGUACACAGAGAAAGGGCUUUUGACGAGAAACCUUAUUAAGGAACUGGAUCCGAUACCAUUUGAUCCUGAUUGGAAUGAUAAAUGUCCCCCUGCUUAUGGUUGGGACAUUGCUGAGAAAUUGGAAUUCUUAGUGACGGACACAGUCGGUGUAAGCCAACAUGAUCGGCUCGAAGCUCUCCUCAAUGAUUUCACCAAAAUGUCAAGCAAUGGAUAUGUAUAA